AUGUUAGAGGAUAUAAGGAGACAGUGUAUGGUUCGAAACUUCAGAAAGGCUGUAAUGGCUAAAAAUGCUAAGACAAAGUUCACAAAAAGGACGCAUCUUCAGAUGGCUAAAGUGGAGUCAAAGUCUAAGGAUUGUAUGAGCUUUCCAGCAGUUGGUCCAGUCAUAGAGGUUGAUUAUGGUGGUGUGACUUAUGCUGUGGAUAUGGAUGAGCUAAGUUGUGGGUGUAUCCAGUGGCAAAUGACUGGAAUUCCUUGCAUUCAUGCCGCCUAUGUGAUCCUUAAAGAUGGUAAAAAACUUUCUGACUUUGUAUCUCCUUGUUAUACCAUAGCUAUGUGGCGUCAAACCUAUAGUAUGGGGGUAAGGCCUGUUCAAGGGAAGAAGCUAUGGCCUGAGACGGGUAGAUUAGGUGUCCUCCCACCACCUUGGAGAAAAGGAAACCCGGGAAGACCAAAGAACCAUGAUAGGUUCAAGAGCAAGGGUGAGACAGAGAAGGGCCCGAAAGUCUCUGCAACUGAUAGCACGAAGCUAACUCGUGCUGAUCGAGUUAUUAGAUGUUCUAAUUGCAAGCAAGAGCAUCAUAACAAGAAGACAUGUAAGAAUGACUUUGUUGAAAGUCAGCCCAAGAAACCACGAGGUCGCCCUAGGAAAAAUCAGUCUAAUGCAUCAUCGUCAAAGCCAGGCCAGGGACAGUCUCAUGCUUCAUCAUCACAACCAACCCAGCCACAAGAGUCAACACAGCCACGAGGGGAAUCAACACAGCCACAAGGGUCAGGGAGAUGGGAACAAGCCACACAUGCACCACCAAACUCAGAUGCGUCGUUUUAG